AUGGAACAAACUAAAAAGACAUCUGAACUUGCUGAUACUGCUCUUAAAGCUAUUAACGACGUUAAAAAUGAGCUUCAUGAAAUAAGCAUAAAAAAUCCAGAAUUGGGUUACCAAGAAAAAUUUGCACAUAAAUUAUUAACUGAUUAUUUGCAAGGAAAAGGGUUUAAGGUAACACGGAGUGCUUUUGGGUUGGAAACCGCAUUUGUAGCCGAAUUUCAAUCUAAAGCUGGAAGAGGUCGCGUUGUUUCAUUUAAUUCCGAAUUUGAUGCUUUGCCAGGAAUUGGUCAUGCUUGCGGACAUAAUCUUAUCGCAAUUAGUGGAGUAGGUGCUGCAAUUGGUCUCAAGGCAGUUCUUGAGAAAUCUAAUAUUGAAGGAACUGUAAGGUUAUAUGGAACCCCUGCAGAAGAAAAGGCUGGUGAUGGUGGGAAAAUCAAAUUAGUUAAUGCCGGCGCAUAUAAUGAUGUUGAUGUUUCAAUGAUGGUCCAUCCAACAAGUAAUGCACACGGAGCUUUUCUACCUUGUAUAGCAGUUCAAGAAGCAGAAAUUAUAUAUCAUGGGAGAGCUUCACAUGCUGCAGGACUUAAUGCAUUGGAUGCAAUGGUAUUGGCGUAUGAUAAUAUUGGAUUGUUAAGACAGCAGAUUCCGCCUACAGACAGAAUUCAUGGAAUAAUUACUGAUGGAGGACAAGCACCCAACGUCAUUCCGGAAAAGACAACUGGUACUUUCCUUGUUCGUGGAAAGACAAUGAAAGAUUUGGAAGAUCUUCGGCAACGUGUACAAAAGUGCUUUGAAGCAGCAGCAUUAGCGACUGGAACUACACUCGACAUUAAAUGGAAAGAUGCAGCUCAAAAUGUGAAUAUAAAUGAACGUCUUGCCGAACGUUACGAAUACUAUAUUACAAAACAAUUUGGUAUCAAAUUUCCGUCGAGAGCAGAACAAAAUAACUACUUUGGCGCAUCCACUGAUGAGGGAAAUGUAACUCACUUGGUACCUGGGAUUCAUCCAAUGUACGACAUUUUUCCGGAUCCUCCUGCUAUUAAUCAUCAAAGAGCAUUUGCCGAUGCAGCCAAGACAGACAAGGCUCAUGAAGAAACUAUAAAAGCUUUGAGUGGGAUUGCUUUAGUUGGACUAGACUUUUUGGUUGAUGCAGGAUUUGCUCAGCAAGUCAAAGAAUCUUUUGCCAAAUCUAUUGCCGAAUCUUAA